UAAGUUUUGAAAUAAGUUAUUGCCAGAACAAAAAAAGAGAACGAAAAAAGAAUAUUCUCAAUCUACCAUGUAUUCCUCUUCGAGUUCUUGGAGCUCAUCACAAGAAUCAUUCUUGCUGAACGAGAGUUCGAUGUUAGAUCAAUCCUUCUUUUGCCCUAGUUAUAAUUACUCUGAUGACUUCUUCUCAUUUGAGUCUCCGGAGAUGAUGAUAAAAGAAGAAACCCGAACGGACGUUUCUAACUCCGAGGAAGAAGAAAAGAUUAGUUCUGUUGAUGAAGAGAAGUCAUACAGAGGAGUGAGGAAGAGGCCAUGGGGAAAAUUUGCGGCUGAGAUAAGAGAUUCCACUAGGAACGGAGUUAGGGUUUGGCUCGGGACGUUCGAUGUAGCUGAGGAAGCAGCUCUUGCUUAUGACCAAGCCGCUUUUGCAACAAAAGGAUCUCUCGCUGUACUCAAUUUCCCCGUGGAAGUGGUCAGAGAGUCGCUCAAGAAAAUGGAGAAUGUGAAUCUUCAAGAUGGAGGAUCUCCGAUUAUGGCCUUGAAGAGAAAACAUUCGCUUAGAAACCGGCCUAGAGGGAAAAAGCGAUCUUCUAAUUCUUCUUCUGCUUCUUCUUCUAAUUCUUGUUCUUAUUCAUCUUCUUCCUCUUCUUCCUCUUCAUCAUCAAGAAGUAAAAAGCAGAGUGUUGUGAAGCAAGAAGGUGGUACACUUGUGGUUUUUGAAGAUUUAGGUGCUGAAUAUUUAGAACAACUUCUUAUGAGUUCAUGCUGAUCUUGUAAAUGAUUCCAGCUAUAGCAAUCAUUAAACUUUAAUCUUGUAGUAGUUUAGAGAUUAGUUUGUUCAUUCUGUAGCUUCUUUGGCUCUCUUGUUUUUCCUUUGUUGUAUCCAAAAGAAAUUAUUGGAAGAGAUGGGAUGGUAAUGGUGAUGUUGAACUGUAUAAAAAAAACUCUAUUAUUGCGUUA